AUGCCGCCACCGUCCAUGCCGUCGGCAGCCCAGCAGCAGCAGCUUGCUGUGCUGCAAUCCCGGGUGGAUCAGUUGGAGCUUCAGCUGGAAGAGGCGGGCGAGAAGUGUCGCAGCGCCGAGGGCGGUGAGGCGUCUGCUCGGCAGGCGCUGGCAGCAGCCCAGGCCGAGGCGUCCGCGCUGCGGCAGCGGCUGGAAAGCACCAACGAGGCGGCUGUGGAACAGAUGCUAGCAGAGGUGGACCGCCUGGCUGCUGGAAAGCAGCAGGCGGAGCAGCAGGCAGGGCGGCUGGAGGAGAAGCUGCGGCAGGCGGAAGCUGAGCGCAGAGGGCUGGAUGGCCGGCGGGACCAGGCAGAGGCGGAGUUGGCAGGCAUGCAGCUGCAGCUGGCGACGUCCGCGCAGCAGCUGGCAGAUAGCCAGCGUCGAGCCGAGGAGGCUGCCGCAGAGGUGAAGCGGCAGGCAGAGCAGGUGGCGGUGCUGAAAGCCGAGGUGGCUAAAGUCGCCGUCGCCAGCGGCCAAGCGGACGAGGUGCGGCAGCAGCUCCUGCGGCGGGAGGCAGAGAUGGCGGCGGCCACCCAGCAGGCCGCGGCGCUAGCCAAGCAGCUGGCGGCAGCUGAAGCAGAGGCCGCAUCCGCGGCAGCAGCUACUAAGAAGGCCGUUCGGCGACAGCAGGCGGCCGAGGCGGCCGCGGCCAAUGCCGAUGCCCAGCGGCGGUGUGUGGCUGGGCAGCUGGAGGAGUGCAAGCAGCACCUGGCCAGCGGGCAGCAGAUCCUUCGGGAGUUUGAGGGGCACCUCCGCACCGUGGCAGCUGAGCGGGACGCCGCACUGGAGCAGCUGGAGUGCGCAGAGGGGCGGCACGAGGAGGCGGAGCGGCGGCUGCGGGAGGCGGAGCGCUUGGAGGCCAGCAACGCUCGGCGGCAGGCAGACCUGGAUGCGCUGCAGGCGGAGGCGGACGGCGUGGUGUCGCACCUGCGGGGGCAGCAUCGCGCGCUGGCGGCCAGGGAGCGCGAGGCAGCAGGGCGGGAGAAGCAGCUGGCGCUCAAGGAGAAGGACCUGGGCGCUCAGGAGUCCAUCCUUCUGGAGCAGCAGGCGGAUGUGGGCAGGCAGGAGGAGGGCGCCGUUGCGCUGAAGGAGCAGCUGCUGCUGCAGCAGCAGGAGGUGCAACGUGACCAGGCAUCUCUGGCCCAGGAGCGCGCCCUUCUAGCCGACCUGCGCUCCCAGCGCAUGGCCGAGCAAGAGGCGCUGCUGACGCGGCUGGGAGAAGAGCGCGCGGCGGCGGCGCGGCAGCAGAGCAGCGCUGAGCGCGCUGUGGAUGCUGCGCGUGGCGCGGAGCUGGAGGCCGCCAAGCUGCUGGCCGACCUGCAGACACAGGCAUCCAACGCCAAGCAGGCAGCCGACGGCGCGCAGCAGCGCCUGCAGCAGCUGCAGGAGCGGUGCGCUGCCGAGGAGGCGCGCCUGUCGGGGCUGCAGACGGCGGUGCUGCAGCAGCGCCAGGGCUUUGACGCGCAAGUGCGGUCGCUGCUGGAGCUGGGGCAGCAGGUGAAGGGCCAGUCGGACGAGCUCUCCUCAGGCUAUGCCCAACUGCAAGAGGCCCAAGCCGAGCUGGAGCAGCAGCGGCAGCAGCUGGAGGAGCUGCAGCGGCAGGCGGAGGCGGAGCGCAAGGCUGCCAAGACUGACAGGACGGAAGCAGAGGCGGCAGUGCAGCAGGCAGCAGAGGCGCGCCUUGCGGCGGCCGCAGAGCAGCGCAAACUGGGCCAGGAGCGGCUGGAAAGCCUGAGGGCGGCCGAGGUGGUGCGAGGCCUGCAGCUCACACUGGCGGCACACGUACGUACGGCGGCGGCUGCACAGCUGCCGCAUGCGGCAGAGCUGUGGCACCAGCUGCAGGCAACAAUGGGAGUAGACAUGCGAUUGCCACCAGCAGGACAAGGAGAGGUGGAGGCAGCUGCCGCUGGCAGCACCGUAACAAGCGUGGCAGCGCUGCCGCUGCCGCAGCUGCCGCCUCAGGAGCCGCCUCGGCUGCCACCUUGGGGGCCUGGGUCAGCACCGCUGAUGACAGCAAUGGCGGCAGUGGGAGCGGCUCCACGCGCUGCACAUGAAGCUGUUGCAGCUCAGCAGCAGGCGACAUCUCAAACAACAGCCGCACCGGCGACCGAUGACAGCCAACUUCGGUAUCGAGCCAUAUUGGCCAGCUUGGAGAGCAGCAUCGACCGCUGGCGAGCCCAGCUGCGGGCCGGCGAGCAGCUAACUUUCGGCGGCGACGCCACCCACUAUGCGCCGAGCAGCCUCCCGGGAGCAAGCUCUGGGCCGCUGGGAGGUGCGACCUUCUUCCUGCCUGCUCCAUCCGCCGGCGCCGCCAUUAGCGGUGGGCGCCCGCCCGCGACAGAGAGCAGCAAGGCAAGGAGCAGCAGGAAGUUUGAGAAGAGCAAGCCGGCGGGAGUGCGGCAGGAGGCUGACGAGCACCGGGAUGCAGGGGACUCGGGCAGCGAGGAUCGGACAGAAGAUGAGGAGGCAGCGGUGGACGUGCGCCCGCGCAGCCCAAGCCGUGCAGUGCAGACGGCUGUCAGCUGCCUCGAUGAUGCCCCCAACGCAUUCGGUGGUGGUGUGAGCAGCGCCCCUUGCUCUCCAGCCCGCCAGCGCAGCGGCAGGGCACGUGCUGCAGCUGCCCCACGCCCCGCCAGCGCCAGCGCCGCAACCACGGCCAAGAGAGCGAGCGGCAGCAGCUCAGGCGGCAGCUUCAGCGCGGGCGAUGUGCGGGCGGUGCAUGGGAUUACCAUCCCCGCCUCCUUCUCGCUGCCCGGCAGCCCGCAGCAUGCCAAGCCCCGCAAGUGGCUCAAGUUCAAGUCUGGCCCUGGCGGCGGCGUGCAGCCCAGCAUGCAGAGCACGUGGGAGCUGGAUGGCUGCGGCACCAAGGGCGGCUGGGGAGGCAUCUUUGCCUUCAGGCGCAGCUUGGACGGCGGCAGCGGCGGGACAAAACAGUAG